AUGACGGACGGUGCCAGUUCUUCAGUGCUUCAGGAUAUCAGUGCUUCAGGAGUCGACCGAAUUUCAGUUAAAAUCCCACCGUUUUGGCCCAACGAUCCCGAAAUUUGGUUCCUGCAAGUGGAAAGCCAAUUUACACUGGCAAACAUAACAAGUAACUCAACAAAAUUUAACUACAUAGUUGCCAAUCUCGAAACAGCUUACAUCUCAGAAGUUAGGGACAUCAUUGUGUCACCACCAGCUACAGAGAAGUAUGUAAAAUUAAAAGCAGAGCUUAUAAAGAGACUUAGUGCAUCACAGCAACAAAAAAUCAAGAGAUUACUUGAGCAUGAAGAACUGGGCGAUCGAAGACCUUCCCAAUUCUUAAGGCAUUUACAGUCUUUAGCAGGCACAACAGUACCAGACAAUAUUGUUGUAAUCCUAGCUGGGUUCAGGGAUUAA